AUGAGGGCUGGAGGCUAUACAAUCCAACACACACUAACACCCGAAGCCGCAACAGUGGUGAAGCAAGCUCUCGGUUUGGCUAGACGGAGAGGCCAUGCGCAGGUCACGCCGCUCCAUGUAGCUAGCGCGAUGUUGGCAUCGCCAACAAGCCUUUUACGGAAGGCUUGUCUUCAACCAAACUCUCACCCUCUUCAAUGCAAAGCUCUCGAGCUUUGCUUCAAUGUGGCCUUGAAUCGUCUCCCUACUUCACAGUCGAGCCCUAUCAUGUUAAGCCCUAAUCAAUCUCACCACCCCUCUCUUUCCAAUGCGUUGGUGGCGGCUUUCAAGCGUGCUCAAGCUCACCAACGACGUGGUUCUAUUGAAAACCAACAACAACCCAUUUUGGCUCUUAAAGUGGAGAUAGAACAACUCAUUAUAUCCAUCUUGGAUGAUCCUAGUGUGAGUAGAGUCAUGCGAGAAGCCGGGUUCUCUAGCACCCAAGUUAAAAACAACAUCGAACAAAUGGAGAUAGCGGUCUCUUCCCCAAGCCCUGUGAGUUUUUCUCAAUCAAAAGAGAACAUCAAACCCGUAUCUUCAGCCAAAGUCCAAGAUGAGGAUGUGAUGAGUGUCAUAGAAAUGAUGAUGAACAAGAAAAGAAAGAACAUCGUUGUUAUAAGAGAGUGUUUGGCUAGUGCUGAUGCCAUAGUUAGAGGAGUUAUAGACAAAUUCGAGACCGAAAACAACGUCAAUUUGAGGUUCAUGCAGUUCGUAAGCCUUCCUUUGCACUCGCUAAAUCAUCUUUCAAGGGAAGAUGUUGAAGAUAAAGUUAGGGAGCUCAAGUGUCUGGUGAAAAGCUAUGUGGGUAGAGGAGUAAUCUUAUAUUUGGGUGAUCUCAAAUGGGUUUCGGAUUACUGGUCGAACCACAGCGAACAAAAGCUGAUCAGAAGCUGCUACUACUCUCCAAUGGAGCACAUGAUCAUGGAGCUAAGUGGACUCAUGUUUGGUGUUGAUAGUGGGAAGUUGUGGUUGAUGGGGAUAGCCAAUUCUCAAACAUACAUGAGGUGCAAAACAGGUCACCCUUCACUUGAGACUCUAUGGGAUCUUUGUCCUCUUACACUUUCUGUUGCCAGUUUGGACCUCACCCUCAAUCUUGAAAGCAACAAAGAUUCAGGAAACAAGAUGAAAAUGCUCACUUGUUGUGGGGAGUGUUCGGUUAACUUCACACGAGAGGCUCGAACCAUAACGAGCUAUGGCCGUACCAACAGGUCCAUUACUACUGCUACUACCACUGGCUCCACCUUGCCUUCAUGGCUCCAACAGUACAAGGAAGAGAACUCAAGACAGACUAUCAAUUAUGAUCAGGAAUGUGAAAAAGUUGGGAAUCUUUGCAAGAAAUGGAACUCGAUUUGCAGUUCACUACACAAACAACCCAUGUGGCCUGUGAUUUUUGAAUCAAACAGAUCCCCAAAAGAAUACCAGUUUUUCACAUCGAUAGUCGACGAUGAAUGUUUCGAUGAGCCCAACCCGAAAACGCUUAUGCCUGAACUCCUAUCGAACCCGAAUUCCAGUCCAAAUUCGGCUUCUUGUAGUGAAGCUAGUGAAGAUGAUGAUCAUCAGUACUACUUACACAAGUUCAAAGAGGUCACUUCUGAGAAUGAGAAGGUUCUAAGCAAUGCAUUGGAGAGAGUUGUACCAUGGCAAAGAGAGGUGAUUCCAGAAAUAGUAAGUACAAUCCUUCAAUGCAGGUCUGGAUCAACAAUGGAACGAAAAGGGAAAGAAGAAACAUGGUUGUCUUUCUUGGGUGCUGAUAACCAUGGAAAAGGGAAGAUAGCAAGAGAGCUAGCUAAGGUUGUAUUUGGAUCAAGAAACAACUUGGUGCACAUAGGCCUCAGCAGUUUCUCAGCAACAAGAGCCGAUUCUACCGAUGAUGAUCAAGAAUUUGUUAGCAACAAAAGGGUUAGAGACGAAAACGGCCAAAGUUAUCUCGAAACGUUUGCUGAAGCUGUACAAGAAAACGCAAGCCGAGUGUUCCUAAUGGAAGAUAUCGAGCAGGUGGAUUACCAUUCGCAAACGGGCAUCAAGAAAGCAAUCCAGAAUGGAAGAAUCACCCUAAAUGGUGGCCAACCGGUUCUUCUCGACGACGCCAUUGUUAUCUUCAGCUGCGAAAGCUUCAGUUCGGUUUCACGAGUUUGUUCUCCUAGCAUUAGGCGAAAGUACAACAACGAACAACGCGAAACCGUUGAUGAGUCCAUCACUUUGGAUUUGAAUGUUGCAACUGAAGAUCACAGCAGAUCAAAUGAUCAAAACUCAGUUUCUGAUAUUGGGAUUUUGGAUUCAGUUGAUAAGCAAGUGAUUUUCAAACUCCAAAUGUUGUAAUAUCAAUAUGAUCAUGACUUUUUUGUCUGUAAAUUAGGGUGUAGUUUGAAAUGGGGUUUUAGAUUUUGUGAUAGAAAUGUGAGUUUAGGUAUGCAUACUAACAACUGCCUUUCAUGAUCUUCAGUUCUUGUAAUAGAUUUGGUAAUAUUUGUGCUCA